AUGCACUGCUCUAUUAAUAUAAUAUUAAAUAAUUCUUAUUAUUAUUUGGAAUCCUUUUUUAUUUCAAUAAAAAAAGAAAACAUGCUAAAAAAAAUGUACUUUUUUAUAUUUCAAAAAAAGGAGAAAAAGAAGACCAACAUAUGUUACAAUAAUAAAACUGGUCGCAAAAGUUUUUGUCAUUUGUACCCAUAUUUUAUAAAUAAAAUAUAUAGUACUUUCUCUUUUUUUACACUGUGGUAUAACAAUAUAAAUAAAGUAAUUCUUUAUAAGGUGCACAAAAAUAAGAGCAAAGCUCAUGUAGUCAAUAUUUAUAAUAUAUUUUCUGUUCUUGACUUAGGAUUUUAUAUGUUCUAUGCAUAA